UUUCACGUUUAACAAUUAUAUAGAUAAUGUGGGUAAAUAAUUAUAUAGUUAUCAUUUGUCCCAAACAUGACCCUUUUAUUAUUUUUGAUGUGCGUGAGUCAAAGUACAGACAUACCCAAUAAUUGUAUAUUUUCCUUUAUUGUCUUUCAUUUUGCAGUAGAGUUUCCAUCAUGGCUGACACAUUAAAAAAUGUCAUCUCCCAGAGUACGGAGUGUCCUGUAUGUCUUUCUACCUUCACUGAUCCCAAGAUCCUGUCUUGUUCUCACACCUUCUGCAAACCUUGCCUGGACAACCUCUUGGAGUGCCAUGGUAAUUACCAGAUCCGAUGCCCCGUCUGUAGAGCUGUAACCCAGGUCCCAGACCAAGAUGUCAGCAAAAUACCGGUAAAUCUUGCUUUGAAGAAUCUAAUAGAGGACAUGAAGUGUCAUCCACAGAUUUGCAUGAGUUGUAAAUCCGAUGACAAGUCCAGUGCUGCUGUCUACUGCCAAGACUGUGGCAAGUAUCUCUGCACCACAUGCCUCAACACCCACUCUCAAUGGGGUGACUUCAUUGAUCAUGACGUCAUAGAGAUGAGUGAGAUCUCAUCAGGGAAGGUGACGAUACGUAGAUACCGGAAAUGCAGGAAACACCCGAAAGAAGACGAGGAGUGCUUCUGUUCCAACUGUAGGAGAUUCACAUGCUUCAGGUGUGUUGUCAUGGAACAUAAAGACGAUGUUAAGCACCAGGUCAUGGAGGCAGCUGCUUAUGAGAACAUACACCGGGAGAGCAUCGAAGACAUAAAAUCAAAGGUAGGUGAGAAGCAAUCAUGCUUCCAGAAGUACUUAGCUUUCAUCGAUGAACAGAUGAAACUUGUUGGCAAUGCUAAUAAAUGGUGUAUAGAUGAUAUCAACAAGGCGUACGAUGAUGCAGUCCGACAGCUGACAGAGAGAAGAGACAUCCUGCUUGGAGAAGUCAAGGAAAAGACUGAAGGAGUAGAGAAAGAACUGGAAGAGAUGAAGACAUCGGCUCAGAAGUACAUCAAUCAGUUGACGACCAUCGCUGACAUGGUAACCAACAAAACAAAAAUACCGUUCGAUAUGGAUACUUUGGCUGCACACGACACUCUGUGUGAGGAGAUACGAGAGGCCUUUGAUCAAGAGGAUCCUGACUACGAGAAGCCCAGGAAAUCAAGCAAGAAAGGGAAAAAUGUCGGUUUUGAGAGGCACGUUCGAAAGGACGAGCUAGACCUCGGUAAGAUUGUUAACGUAGUUGCGAAGGACGUCGAACUGCCUACUAAGAACAGCAUGAAUACCAUGAUCAGUACUCCAGAUGAUAGGAUGGCAGUAGGGUGCUGCACAGGUGGCAUCAACAUCUUCUCUUCUGACGGCGAAUUCCAACAGACAGUUCUCAAGGAUGUUGUGAUUCGUGCAGUAGGGUUCCUCUCUGACGGUCGAUGUAUUGUGAUCGAUUAUGCGAACAAUAUCACACUCUACACACCAGAAUACAUAAAAUUGAAUGAAAUGUUUGAGUCUAUGGGUAUAGAUGAAGGCGGGUUUCCUAAUCUCAUUGUUGGUUGUGAUGAUCUGAUCUAUGUGAGCUACAGGAAAGCCCAUAAGAUCCUUGUAUUUUCAGCAGAAGGUGGGGAAGCAGUCAGGGAGAUACCAUGCAGAGGAUAUACGCCUGGCCAAAUCACUAGUUACGAUGACUCUCUGCUCGUUAACACAGUGGAUACUUUACGAUUGAUAGACAAAGAAGGUGUUGUACAACAUACAUUGACCAAACCUGGUAGUUACAUUCGUGCUUCUGUAUCUCAAGGUAAUCUCAUUCUGGUAGCCAAGGUGAAGCAUGAUGAAGGACUGGUGAGUAUUGACGAGUAUACAAAUGAGCUUACACCCAUUCGAAACCUUGUUAAUGAUUACAAGAUUGCAAAGCCUCAUAAAAGAAAUUGGUAUUAUCUCCAGCAAUACCGAUCAGGCGAGAUCGCUUUCUGCACCCCGGACAGACUCUAUAUAUUCCACUGAUAAUAGUGGAUCAA